AUGUCUGCCUCUCGUGCCUCCGCUCGUCUUUCCUUGUUGGAAUCCGCUAUCUCUCCUAGGUCUCCCUCCGACCAAACACUAUCCUCUAUCGUCAAAUCUUCCAAUAUGAUUGCUUCACAAUCUGCGCUCCUCAUCGGAGGCAUUACUCACGCGCGCCCGGAGUGGGAGGCUCUCUCCUCUAUUCUCACCUUAAAAGAAUUUCCCAGCGGCACUCGUCAAGAAUUUAUCGAGAAUUGCAAAGCGGGUCAUUAUGACGAUGUCGUGGCCAUCUACCGUUCAAACACAUCUAACAAGUUUACUGGCAACUUUGACGCAGAGCUGCUUUCAAUCCUACCCAAGUCAAUUCGCUAUAUUUGCCACAAUGGCGCCGGAUAUGAUAACAUCGACGUUCCCGCGUGCACGCGGAGAAACAUUGCCGUCUCAAGUACACCCGUGGCUGUGAAUAAUGCAACAGCAGAUCUGGGGAUUUUCUUGAUGAUCGGGGCUUUGCGCCAGGCAUAUGUGCCCAUUACUGCUAUCCGCGAAGGCAAAUGGCAUGGACAAACCACCACCGGCCAUGAUCCCCAGGGCAAAAUCCUCGGAAUCCUUGGCAUGGGAGGUAUUGGACGAGAAAUGGCCAGCCGAGCCAAGGCCUUUGGCAUGAAAAUUCAAUAUCACAACCGCUCACGACUUCCUGCCGACCUGGAAGCCGGCGCUACCUAUGUAUCCUUGGACGAGCUUCUCGCCAAUUCGGAUGUCCUGAGUCUCAACCUGGCCUUGAAUGCGUCAACACGUCACAUCAUUGGAGCACCUGAGUUUGGUAAAAUGAAGGAUGGUGUUGUGGUUGUUAAUACCGCCCGCGGCGCCCUGAUUGAUGAGGAUGCGCUUGUUACUGCCCUGGAUUCUGGCAAGGUACGCUCUGCCGGGUUGGAUGUAUACGAAGAAGAGCCCAAAGUUCAUCCAGGUCUGUUGAGCAACCCCCGGGUCAUGCUGCUCCCGCACAUUGGUACAAAUACCUUUGAGACGCAAAAGGAGAUGGAGAUUCUGGUUCUGAAUAAUCUCAAGUCUGCGGUGGAGAAGGGAGAGUUGAUUACACAGGUUCCGGAACAGAAGAAGUGA